GCCAAUAACAGAUGACAACAUCCGGUGUGGGCGUCUGAGAGAGGGAAGUUCAGAAAGAUUUGUACAGCUUCUUAUGCCGCGAAAAUCUGACAUCGGAUUAAAUACUAUUCUGUGCCGUUGUCUUAGAUUAUUAGGAAAGUAUGACAAUACAUGUAUGUCAGUAGUAAACUUGAGCAAAAUAAGGACGCCGUGAGAGUCAUUUGCUGUCAAACUGAACAGCAGAAGUCUUCACAGACCGUCCUCACCUCACUGGGUCGACACGCUGUAGUCUGCGGGUUUUAGAGACUCUGUACAAAAGGCAUCAUUAUUAUGGUCUUAACUCUCCUGAUCUUUCUGGAAUGAGAAACACACUUUUGAAACUUGAGAAAAUGGAGGCUGUUUCUGACACAGAUGUGCAGUUCUGGAUGGCCAAAGCCAUGAACUGGGGGGAGGAUCUGUCAUGUUCUGCUCUUCUGGACACAAGCAGACACCUUUGCUCUCUGAGGAGCUUUCUUCAGCAAGUUCUGCAGGGGUUGCAGCAAAUGAGUUCCACUAGUGAGGCCAUGAAGACGUUUCCUUUUGUGGGCCAGUUCCUGGGAAGACUUUGUUGGAAUCCAUGUGUUAUUGCGGAUGAGAGGAGCCAGAGACUCCUGCUGCAGUGUUUGAGCUGUCUGUACAGCGCUGAGCCACUGAAUGCUGUCGAACGAAAAGCCAACAUGUGGAUCAAGGAUAUGUUGUGUCAUCUGAUCUCGGAGGAGGGAAGUGUAGCUCAUACUACGGUAAAACAUGCUGGAGUAACCCCAAAGCGAUACCACUCAGAGGCUCUUCAGAAGGUGGUGUCAUUGAUGACAGAGGAGGUCAUUAAAAGCUGUGACAGCUUACCAAACACAGCCAGGUGUUUAAAUGGGAAUAUUCAUACCAUGUCAACGGCAUGUGUUGCCUUGGUCAUAUGUCCUGAGAUGUCUCCUCUCAUUGGAGCUCUGUUGAAGCAUUUCAUGUUGUGUGGCUCUUCCUGUCUGAAUCAAGAGUUCAUUAAGGAAAUCAAUGAGGCCUUAAUCAGUAAGUGGCUUGUGUUGGAGGAUGAGGCUGUAGUGAACCUGUGGUGUUAUAGUCCCAGCUGUCUGGAGGGGGCAGCAGUGAGCUUUCUGGAAUCUGUGCUGUCUGGCCAUGAAACGAUGACACAGAGUCUGGACAAACAUGUUAAUGACUCAUUACUGCCUCGAGCUUCAGCCCAUCACUGUCACAUCUUCCUCACAGUCAAUGAGAUUUACAGGAAUGUGCUGACAGAGAUUGAUGAGAACCUGGCCGUGAGAGCCCUCAUUCAGGUUUUCACUGCCUGCUUCCUCCAGAGGCUGACUGGACAGAAACCCCAGGAUCGUCUGCCACUCAGAGCCUUCUUCCCAAAUGUGACGCCCUGUUUACUCACUCCUUUACUGACAGCACCAUCAGAGGUUCCAAGGGAAGCCUGGCUGGAUCAUCUGAGCUGGAUCAGAAGUUUACUUCAGAGCGUGACGGAGAAUGAGGAGGCGGGGGAAGAUGGCAGGGCGUAUCAGGCUGUCUUUGAGGCUUGGUUCCUGCUGGUGCAGUGUGGGUAUUGGGUGGACACAGCUGCUGAGCUGCUUGUUCUGGCAGCGCCUGAGAACGCCAAAUCGCUGCUGUGGCUGCUGACGUUCUUCCACCACCCCACCAACAGAGGGCACCAGAGGUCCCAACAAACCGCAGUGGCCAGAGAAGCCUGGACUCAUCUAAGGAUGCUGUUUCUCACUCGUCCUCCCCCUCCUAGACACCUCUGUGCUGUGAAAGAGCUCCUGUCCUCCUCCUUUUCAGCAAACCUCGUUUUGCAUUUAUUUUCAAACUUCACCGUCUUUUCCCACGGACCUGUUAGCAUUAUCACCGAAAUAACUGACAAGGUGCUGACUGAGGCCGCUGUGAAGCGCAGGGCACUGUGGAUCCUUGCUUUAAUACGCUGCAGACUAAACAGUGCUGCUACGCGGGAUGACAGGGUUUAUUCCAGGCUGAGGACUCUUCAGGACACCCUCCUCCAAACCUGAGAGACUCACACAAAAAGUCCUAGCUUCGAGCAUUCACUGAAACUAUUUAUUAGGACAAGGAAUCCUGGUGUGGUUCAGUUACGCACCGAAAAGCUGGGUGGGACGAUAUGGCAUUUAUAGAAGAGAAGCCCAACUGCUGUUUUUAACUUUAAAAGCAGUGGGUGUUCUUCCCCUAAAUCCAAGAGGGGACUCCGCACUUGAUGUAUUGAGCUAAAUCAAAGGAACACAUGUAUUUCUAUCUGUGUGUUUGGAUGACAUCAAACACGAAUCGGAGAAAGUAAAUUUCCAGGGGUGUGACUGCUGUCAGAUCUGCAGUUGUAUUUCCUGAGUGUGUGGACUUGGGAGUCUUUGUUGUUUGACUGUGGAGCUCCGUCUAGCUAACACACCGUUUGUCUCACUGUCCUCCCACACACACUUUUGACAGGAGAGUCCUUCUCACCACAUGAAUGCUCACAUCUGUGUGUGUGUGUGUGUGUGUGUGUGUGUACUCCCAGCACAGGGCCUCUUGAAUAGUUUAGUCUCUGUGUACUGUACUUUCUAGACUUCAUCAUCACUAGUGCUUCUCCAUGUGACUCCGUCUCCCUGUAGGGCCAUUUCCUCUGAGCAUUUUCCCGAUUCGGACCGCUCAAGCAUUUAUCACUCAAAACUGUGUCAUACUGUAUUUACGGAUUGCUAAACUAUAAGAAUAUCACUAUUCUCUUUUAAAAUGCAGUUAAAUUAGAUUUAAAGGAAUGGUUCCCCCAAAAUUUAAAAUUUGUUGAAUUUACUCAACAUUAGGCUUUCCAAAGUUUUGUUUCAUCACUUGCACAUGAGUCCAAACAACUGAUAGAAGCAUCACAAUAAUCCUCAAGUAAUUCACACGACUCCAUUAUUGUGAAAAGCUACAUGUUUGUAAGAAACAAAUCCAUCAAGGCAUUUUAACAUGAAAUAGUCCAUAAUUCAUAACACUUCUUCCAAUGAAAAAGUCCAUCAACAAUUUUUGCCAAAAGCAACAGUCUAAAGUUAAAAAUGUAAAAUUUCUCCAAAUUUGAAAAAACAAACUGAUCUACAUCUUGGAUGGACUGAGGGUGAGUACAUUUUCAGCAAGUUCUCAUUUUUGGGUGAACUAUUCCAUUAAUACUAGUAUAACUGCAACUAGUUAUAUUUCUAGUUACUGUAUUUAAUAUUUACUGUUUGUUGAACGAAUAAAUGGCUAUUAUAUGGGACCACAAUUCUAACAAAGAAAAUGUGAUGUCAACCGCAGAAAUGUCCCUGAAUGUGUGGUGUAAACACCAACUGUGAGGAUAAGGUGACGUUUAGUGUGCGUCGUCAUCACAUAUUUCUACCACAAACAUUUUUUGCUAUCUGAUCGGUACUCAGGAACUUGACGUGGUGGGUUCAGAAAAUGCUGACGGUGACUUCAGUGUGCAUGAAAACAAGAUGUAACUUGGAGUGCAAGUUCAGGUAGACAUCAGAAUGACACAUACAUUUGUGAACAGUAUUUGUUUUUAUUUCUGACAAUACAAAAUAUGAAAUUUUUGUCUUU